AAACAGCUUCUGCUCUUUUGCAUUUGCAUCUCUGGAGAAAAAAAGUGAAAGCUGAAUAAGGAAAAAAACAAUGCAAAAUAUGCCAGAAAUGAAGGAAUUAUCCGGUGAAAUGAAAACUGAAACAACAUUUGCACAUUUGCCUGAUUCUAAUGAUUACAUUCAGAAAUUAGAAAAUAGGUUAACAAAAGUGAAAGGUCAUAACAAAGAGUUGACAUCUAAAGACAUGUUACUUAUUUUACAAAAAGCUAGAGAUGACUCAAUGCUGCAUUUGAUUGGAGGCUCAUCAAACAGUUUCUCUUCAUUGUCUGACUGUGACGUAAACAAAGAAGUAACAGUAUCAUAUGUCGAGAGGAAGCUAUUCCCAGAAAAAAAUGGUGUGACUUAUGAAGAGUUACAGAAUCUUCUAGAAUGUGAUGUACUUGCAAAGACUGUAUCAGAAACAAAUGGUGAUGCUCUAUGUGAAAGUAAUGUGGAUCGCUAAACACCAAAUGCUGUGUUAAUUUCUCAAAUAUUUGUCUAAAUUUUACUAUAAAUGUCACUUUUGUUUGUUGAAAUAAAUUUAUUUUUGUUGUUAUUAAUAUCAAAAUUAUUUUUGA